GGAAAAGGUUCGAUGCUAUUAAUUGUCCCGCGAGUAACAAGGGGUUUUUGUGGAGUCGCACUUGUAGGACUGAGAGGCGGUCGAUGCCGGGCGGGGUUGUGCCAUACGGCCUCAGUGUGCCUCGCGUCCGCCCCCACGACGCUCGCCCGCGCCCGGUGCACUCGCCGCGACUCGCUGCGACUCCCCGCGACUCGCUCCGUCUCGCCCGACGCGCCCAGUAUCGCUCAGCCCGCCCGUCGCGUCGCGGCAUGUAGGAAAAACGCUACAGAUCUGGUGGCAAUGACAAAACAGGGCAACUGAAGACACGAUGCUAAGCAUAAGUGAAUAAUUCGAUAUUGGGUGGUGAUGGUGCUAUCACCAUGGGUAUGGCAUUUCUGGAUUACACUGCUCCUCAGUUCCACAAAAGAAGGAAGCGGUCAGGCCACGGACGUGGAGGUGAAGCUGACGGCGCCGAAGUGGGUGGCGCGCGGCGGCUCGGCCACGCUGCGCUGUCUCCACCAGGUCCCGCCGCAGCUCCUCUACAAGGUGGAGUUCCUGCGCUCCGAGUCCAAGCUGCUCCAGUACGUCCGGGAGCGAGUGCCCCCGUUCACUAACUACACGUUCCCUGGGGGGCGGUUGAAUAUGUCACUAUCGACGGAGGACUCAAUCACCAUCGAGAACUUGGACCCGUCGGCCUCCGGCCUGUACUGGUGCGAGGUGUCCCUCGAGACCCCGAUCUUCACGGCCGCGUCGCCGCCCCACGAGCUGACUGUCGUCUAUGCGCAGAAGCACCCGCCGAUCAUAACGUUCGGGAAACCGGACGCGGUUGUGGGUGGACUGUUGCGGGCAAACUGCACCAGCGCGCCGGCGGCGCCCGCGCCCCGUCUCACUUGGUACAUUGAUAAUGAGAAGGUGGACGACGAAUCUGUGCAAUAUUUCUCCUACCGGGUAUCCAGUUCCACUCGUACGAAAGGAGGAGGGGGCUACCGGCACAGAAAGCACCAGCACCGCUAUAUCGCACCGGAAUUCAACUACACCGCCAAGUAUUGGGCGCUCGUGAGUGAGACCACCGCCGCGCCGGUGCUCAACCACACCAAACACACCAAGUGCACGCUCAACGAACACAGCGAGGAUGCUGCCAAGAUCCGCGAGCGCCCUCGCGUGCCUCCGGUGACGCCGAUCUCUCUGUGGGUGUCGGUGGCGGAGCUGCGUGCGCCGGCGCACGGCCGGCUGCAGCUCACGUGCACGGCCACUAUCCCUGACAAAAUCGGUCCGGACGAGCGUUAUGCUGACAUCAAGAAACAAACCGUUACUGUUGCUGUAAAUGAGUUAAGUAUAAAGAGGCCACAUUCAGAUUCAAGCCAAGGUAAUUCAACGUCUACCUGCCUGCAGUAUUAUCGACCUCUUUGGUUCCUCAGCUGGAGUCUGCUAGUCAACCAAUAUUUCUCACCGUCAGCCCUAGGAACUGUCGAGUUUUAGAAUCGCAAACAUGAGUACCAAUUUGUAGUAAUUUGUUUUAUUCAACGCGCCAGCGCUCAUUUGCUACGCGCUACG